CCCCCCUCCCCCUUUUCUGUCGCGCGCCGCACCAUCGUCUCAUCCCGCGCACGCCGCUGCCACUGUUUCCUCCUCCACUUCCUCCCCCAUCCUGACCUGACCCCUCUGUGCGGGGCUCAUACACACGCCUUUACGCGCGUGUACACCCGUGGGAGGCCCCGCCCGGAUUCUCAUCCCCUCGGCUCCCAGCCGUGCCCGUUGCUCCUGUCCCUUUCGUGGCUCGAGGGCGGGGUUCACCAUCGCGGCAGGCGCUGUGUGCUGAGCACCACCGGAUAAGCCCCCGCUGCCUUCCAGCCACUGGUGCCGAGAAUAAUGACCUCCGGCGCGACAUUCCCCCUCCAUGUGACCCGACCGGAUGAGCAGGGCCUCUACCGCCUGCCGGCCGUGGGCACCACCCCAUACGAUGCGCUGACCUCCCUGGUGUCGUGGCGCCCGGUGCGCGUCCGCCCACCGACCGACCUGUCCUCCUACGAUGCGCCGUAUCCCGGGGACAACCACUUGUUCAUCAUCCAUGUCCAGCCUGAGCAGGCGCCCUUCCCUCACACGGACUGCGACCCGGCAGUUGGGGCAUUCACCGUCCUGCAUGUGGACCCGAAUACCGGCCGGCCGGAGCGCAUCCCGGCGCCAAGCCACUCGACCGGGUGUCCGCUUGGUGGCCAGACGGCCGAGGCGAGCGCCCCCGUCACCGGGCCCUGCUUCCUGUGUGUGGCUCUGGCCACCGGGCCGCGGUCCGGGCCGAGGACCACCCAGUCGGGCCAGUCGCUUGUCGAAGAGGAAGAGCAGGCCCUCCUCUGGGUGCGGGCUAGCUGCCUGGCCUUGCAAUAUCAAUACGCGCGGGCGGACUUCCCGACACUGCUCCAGUACCCGGAGGUGGCCACGCUGCUUGGUGUGGGCGAUUUGCUGGCCUCCGCCCCAGGGGCGGAUCCCGACCAAAGUUGCACCCUCUGGCAGCUGUUCACCCUGUCCCUGCGGCUGAAGUUCUCAAUCAAGCGGGUGUUCGCCGUUCUCGGGCUCUUCACUUCGGCCAGCAUCUUUCCCCAGCCGGACAUUGGUGUGCCGCUGGCCAUGGCCCAUGUGCUGGUGGCCAUCAAGGUGAGCCGGCUGGCCACCCUGCCCACCGGGCACCCCAUCUACCAGGUGAACGAUUCCAUGUGGAUUUCGAUCCCCCUGUCAACCAUCCCGCCGGGUGCCUACUCGGAGCUUGAGGCCGAGAAGCUCAUGCAGCGCCGCAUUGCCCAGCGACACUACUACUGCCACGGCGUGGACUUGACAACUCCCUUUCCUCCGACGCCGACCGGCGCCGGCCGGCGCCCCUGCCGCAAUCCGGGCUUCCGAGCGAACCACCUGCUGUCGGGCCCCUUCGCCAUGGCCGGCGCGCCAGAGGUGUGUGUCGCCCUCAUCCGCGGCACGGUCAACCUCCGCCAGGAAACAAUCAGGGCGCAGGGCCCCGCCGAGGAGGCGGCAUCAGGCCUGCGGCCCGCACUGGAGCACAUCACCUUGCUGGUGCUGACCCGGCUGGCGGAUGACCUUUUGGCCAAGGCCCUUCCCUUGUCCUGUGGCUUGCUGCUGUCGCGAUCCUCCCCGACCACCUUUGUCAAGUCGCUGCUGACCGCCGGGCCCGGUGGGCAUCCAGGCGCCGGGGGUAUGGCUGGCAAUGGGGCGCAUGCCGCCGGCAUUGGUGUGCAUCCUGGCCCGGGCUUGGCGACGGAUGCCAACGCCUCGCCGCAGAUGGCUGGCUUCAUUGGCCUCCGGCGGUCGAGCCAGUUCCAGACACUCUCGGGGGCCGGAUCGGCCAGCACGCCGGCCGGCAGCCCGGGGCUCAUCCCCGGCAGCCCGGCGCCGGGAAUGGCCCCCGGCGGCCCCGGGCCCGAUGCCGCGCUUGCUGCCGGACCCGAUCGGGCCGACCGCUUUGGCGACAUCCAGAGCUCGACGCAAUUGUGUGCGCGCGAGGGCGAGGUCCAGGCCAUUGCCUGGACCGGCCAGUCGCCCCAGCGCCCCGGGCCUGGGGCCUCGAUUUCGGACGCGUGCCAGAGGGUGCGCUUCAGUGCCAGUGUCGCGCGUGCAGGCACCCCGCCGGCGGCCAUCCGUCUGGUGCCGAACCAGACCCGCGACCCGCACGAACGCCCGUACCACUUGAUCUUGGGGAACCGGGGGUCGGCCGGCUUCGAGGAGGACUUUCUCCACCUGGAGGUGCCACACAAUUUGGCCUCCUCCGGGCCGUCGCUUUCUUCGGACUUCGCCCAUGCCUUGGCCUACUUCUCCCUCCUGUCGACCGAGACGCUGGGGGCCUUUUCAUCGGAUCGGCGCCAGGAGGUCAUCCUCCUGGACGUGGCAUACCAGUAUGAUCUGUCGUACCUGCUCAAGAGCCUUUGUCGCAUGGCCCGGUCCUCGCGCAGCCUGCCCAUCCUGUCACACUUCAGCCGCGAGGAGUACCACCUCCAACAGAUGGACCAGGCGUCGUAUGCGCGGCGCAUGACCCACGGUGUGCUGAACGUCCCGGGCUUGGCGCCCGGACGCUCGGGCCCUGCCAGCCCGGCGGCCACGGUCGAACGCAUCAUCAGUCGCCAGCAGACGGUCAUGCGCCUGGCCCACCUGACCCCCUUCCCGCCGCUGGCCGAUGCCCUUCGGCACUCAUUCAUGCUGGACGCAGCGGCCGAGCAUUUGUUGUCUCCGGCAGCGGCGGCCGGCGGCCUGAUGGCCAGGGCCCUGUGCGACACCAUGGAGGGGUUCGUCCAUGCGCUGGCCUCGGCCAUCCGGUCGCCCUCUUUGCGCAACAAAGUCCCCUGCGUGCGGGGGAGUGAGGCGGUUGUUGGGCGCUUUUUCCUGGCCCAAACGCCGCUGCGGUCGCCCGGUGAGGAUGACAUGGAGGAAGACCCGGCGACCGCCGGCGGUCCUGGCCGAGCUCCGGGACCCGCGGCCGCGCAGCUGUCUCUCCCCCAGGCCACCCUGGCCGAGGAGGCCGCCGGGCCACUCCGGCGACCGGGUCGGCGCCAAAUGGCCGGGGCCGGGGCCCGGUCCCCGCUGGGACCCGGCAUGGAGAAGCCCGCCGAUACUCCGCCCACGCGGGCGUGCCCGCCACCGGGUCUGCCCCUGGUACCGGGCGCCCGGCGUGGCCUCGGCAGUGGGCAGAUUGCCGAGCAGGAACCCCCAGCGGGGAUGGAGGCCGACGAUGAUGUGGGCCCGGAUGACUUCGACGAUGACGAUGACGAUGAAGAUGCCGGUGCUGUGGAUGACGAGGAAGAUGCCACCGGCCACCGGGGUCCGGGCCGUACGCCGGCCAGCGUCGAUGCGCGAGUCAGCCAUCCGGCCUCCAGUCUGCUGCCCAGCCCGCCGGAGGUGAGGGCCGCGUGGCGGUCCGACGGGGCCGGGCCCUUGAUGGCGGCCAUGAGCCCCGACAACACACGGGCCGACUGGCCAGCGGCGCUGAGCGGGUCGGGCACGCCGCUGCCGGCGGCUUCGGCCCUGGUUCGGGGCCUGGCCCCGCACGGGACCGUCGCCAUGCCGGUCAGCCAGCCCGGCAUCACCGAAUAUGACUUCGACAACCAGCAUGUCCAGAGUUCGGACGACGAGCCGGCAGACUGGGGCUUCGCCGACAUCGAAGGCCAUCUGCAGCAAAUGCAUGCGGCCCUGGAGGGCGAGCAGUCUCAGCGUCUGGUGGCCUUCGCUCCGGAAUUGGGCCUGGGCGCGGCCGUGUCCAAGCGCCCGGCCACCGGGGCCGGGGGCGCACUUCCCGGCAGCGGGUCACACCCGCGCAUGGUUCCCCUGCUGCCUGUGCCGCUGCUGGUGGAGGAGCCCACUUCCGGGGGCCAGUGUCCCUUUGCCGUGGAGAUGGGCUUUGCCCCGCCGCUGGGUGCUCUGCCGGCCAUUCGGCGCCUUGUGGAUCUGACUUCGCCCCAAGCCCCGGUGGACUGGUUCACUUGGGAUCGGCCGGCUCUGGCGCUGACCUUUGCCAUCAUGGCGCCCCUGUGUCGGCCACUGCGCCUGAAUUUGGUCCUGCCGGCCGAUGGCCGGGGCGCCCCGCGGCGCCUGGAUGUUCUGGUGUCCGAGACCCUCGGGUCCCGGGCUGCCUGGCGAGUGAUCUGCGACCGGGUGCCCCUCGCGGCCCCGGACUGCUCGGUCGAGUCGGAGUCCGACCAGGAGUCCGGCCGGCCGCGCGCACCGGAUGCCUCGUCCGCUGACAGUGGGUACCUGCUGGUGAGCCGGUGCCGGAAGCACCGGGCCGGGCCGGGGGCUCGCGUGGCCCGGGGCGGCUCGCCACGCCUGGCCACCCUCAAUGGCAUGAGCAUGGCCACCCCCUCUCCGAGCCUGGUGCUGGCCCCCGGGCGGUCGCCACUAUUGGCCAUCGCCGAUCCGGAGGACGACCCCAGCCUGAGCGGCCUGGCCCAGGGGCUUGGCCCGGGCGGGGACUUCCAUCGGGUCACCUCGCUGGAGGCACGCGAAGCCCUGCAGAGCGUCGACCGGCGGGGUGACAAUGAUGGCGAUGACCGAGGCCAUGCCGGGCAUGGCAUGGCGGAAGAGGAGGCGGAGGCGGAGGAGGAGGAGUGCUCCGGCUGCUCCAGCCAGUCCGAGGGCGAGGGCGAGGAGGACGACCUGCCGGACCCCGCGCGGGGCGAUGACCCCCGGCGUGGGGCCAGCUUCCGCAGCCUCGGCCAGACGGACAGCGGCCUGGCCGGGCCCUCGGUCUCCCGACGGGGGUCCAUGCGGUAUUCCUCGCGUCGUGCGUCGGCCUACUGUCACCGGGACUGCCAUGGGGCCGAGAGUGAAACCCAGGCCGCGAGCCUGCAUCCGGACCCACAUGGAGAUGACCCCCACGGCCGCCCGGAGUCGCAGGCGCUGCCAUUGCAGCCACACCAGCAACAGCAGUACAUCGAGCUGAGCUUCGACCUGGUGGACAUGCACCAGGCCGGGCGGCCGACUGGGCUGAGCCACAUGUUCGCCGGGUCCAACUUCGGUGCCGGGUCGGCCACCGACACCGACUCGGAUGCGGACACCGCCGCCGGCACGAACCCGACCGACGGGUCCUCCACCGUGGGCGGGUCUGCUUGGCUGACGGGGCGCGGGUCAGGCCGGCGUCUCCCCCGGGCACGCUUCCUGCGCAUUGUCCUGUACCGGGAUGACUUUGUGGAUGCCGAGUCGGCGGCGGUGAUGGGGCCGGCCUUCGGUGUGGGAAGUGCGGCUCUUUGCCACCGCCCGGGGCCGAUGCGCCUCGGCCGGGUGUCGCUGCUGGCCGAUGUGCCGGACGCGGCCCGGCAGCAGGCACGCCUGGUCGGGUGGCGUGGCCACCUGCGCGAGCGCCUGGUGGAUGGGGCCCUGGCUGCGGCGCAGGGCCGCCUCUUGGCCGCGGUCUUCGGCACACCCGGGCCCGAUGGCAAGUCGCGGGAAGACCGGUCGGGCAACACCCCGGCCGAGGCGCAGACCCUGCCGGGCGACCAGCUGGUGCUUGGCGCCCCGGAUUCCGAUGCCCCGACCCCGGAGCAGCAGCUCCGGCGCUACUGUGCCCUGCUUCGCGAGAGUCUGGAGAGGCAUGAGCCGGAGCUCCGCCGACGCGGGGUGCCCCGGCCAGUUGGCAUCGGCCGGCGCCGGCGAGCUCCCUGCCCGCGGGCGGCCAUCCUCCGGCGCUUGGUGCAGAUGGACACCGCCCUGCACUUUGAGGAGACCAGCAUCUACCAGAAGCUGGAUCCCCUGGCCCGGCGGCGGCUGGUGGCCACGGCUGCGCACUGGCUGACAAUGGAGCUGCUGCUGGCCCAGUGUGCGGUGGCCACGGUCCCGUCACCGAUGCCGGCGUGGUGGCAGCCGGCCGGCAUUCGCGAGGCACUGGACCCGGCGCGCGUGCGUCAUCUCCAUAGCCCCUUGCGCCUGGCCGCCGGCAUCACCGCCGGCAUAAGCCCCGACGACGGGGGCGGCCCCGGUGUUGCGGUGUGCUGUGCGUGUGGGAGCCGUCUGCCUCCGGGGCCCGUCACCGGCCCUGCCGCCACCGCUGCCAAUGUUGGCGUCGGCGUCGGCGGGCUGGUCCCCUCGCCUGAGGGCCGGCCAAUUUGCCUCCUACGCGGGCCCCUUCCCGCGGGGAAUGGGCUUGCCUGUGGCGCCUGCCAGUCGCUGCUGCAGCGGCAGAAGACCCACACCGAAUCGAUCGGCCUGAUCCAAUCCUCCAUGCCAAUGUUGACGCACGACCGGGAGAGCGCGGAUGCGGCGGCCGGGCGGCGCCUGUGCCGCGUGGCCGCGGUUGCCAGCAGCCCGGCUGCGAUGCCGCUCUUUGCGGCGGCCUGCCUCGGCGGGAGUCGGCUGUCACGCGCGCCGGAUGACCUGACAAUCAAGUCGGGCGGCCCGAAUGCCAUGACAACCGGGGGCCUGGCCGCUUUGAGCCCGAACGCCGGGGCGUGCAUCCCCCUGCGUAGCCCCCUGCUGACGGACUCGCCCCUGAUGGACUGCCUGGGAUCCCAGCACACUGGCCACACGGCCGAGCUGUCGGACCUCAGUCAAGCCGGGGGGUUGGCCGUUCCGCUGGACGCGGUCCUGGCGCCCUGGUGCCGGGAGGCCGACCGGGCGGACAUGGCCCCAGGCCGGCGCCUGGAUUGGGCUGCCACGCCACCGAUUCGCCACCUGUGGGUUCCCCACGGCCGGGAGUCCACCGUGGCCGUGGUCCUGGCGCAUGGACUGACUGCCGGAUGCCCGGCGCGGCUGCGCCUGUGUCUGGCCACCGUGCCGGGCCUCCUGGCGCCCGGUUGCCCAGCCGUGGAGCUGACCUUGUCGGCCUGGCUGGCCGAUCCGCUGGCCUCGGCCGGUGACAGCCAGCCGGUCCCCCUGGCGCUGAAUGUCCUGCGACGCCUGGUCCCGGGUGCUGCGGACAUGGUCAACACCGACCCGCAUGGUGGCCGGGGGCUGACCCUCGGGUGGGUGGAUGUUCCCCUGACUCGGGAGCCGGGGCCCGUGGCUCCGGGCAGUGUGUUGAUCUUCCGCCUGGUGCUUGACCAGCCGGCCGCGCAGGGGCUCCUUGGUGUGGCGGACCUUUUGAUCGAGCAAGACUCCCCCGAGGCGGAUGAUGACGAGGAGGCCGCGCACUUGGUUCCGGCUGGCAGCGAGCCCGAUUCGCCGGUUGUGCUGUCUGCGGCCGAGGUGGCGGCGGCCGUGGUGGCCGACCAGGCGUCGAUCGUGACCCGGGCAGCUGGGCGGCCCCGGUGCCGGCUUCUCACCCGGCGGGUGCCGCUGCGUCCGUGCUCGGAGGCUGCGCGCCGCCUUGCCACGCCGCAGGCCGGGCGCCUGGUGCUGGUGUUGACAUCGCUGGCGAGCUUUGGCGCGCCGGCCGGCGGCUCGGCGGCUCUGGCGGAUCUGCUGGAAACCGAGGCCUCCGGCCAUGGCCCUCUCGGACAUUUGGAGGCUGGGCAGUCGGGGGUUGCCGGUGCCGCGGUCCCGGGAACCGGGGCUCCGGUCGCCGGGGCUCCGACCCCUGCUGCCCACCCCACCGGGCAGUCCUUCCUGUCGCGGAUUUUCUCGCGAUCUGCCCCGGCGUCCGGUGGCGAGCCGGCCGGGUCGGAGCGCGGCGGUGCCCCCCCGCCCGACGGGGCCCCUGGCGAUGCGGUGGCGUCGCAUGUGAUGGGCCUCGGCGGGAGCCGGGACUCCUUGGCGGCGCCGCCGCGCCCGGCCAUCGGCCUGCGCCUGCGCGGCAUCACCCUGCCCCGGGAGCUGGCUGUACAUACGCGUCUUCUGCGCGUGACUUUGGUGCUGGGCAGUGGCCUGACAUGCGUGGUCGGGGAGUUUGCCCUGCCGCUGGUGGCCGUUUCCGGGCGCUCGGCCCUGGAAGAUCGCCUGUACCUGUCCCUGCUGACCCCCCUGCAUCCGGAGGGGGUCUUCUUUGCGGAGGGCCGCGGCCCUGGCUCCGGGGCGGCCUUGGUGCUGGAGAGCGCGGACCCCGCCCCGGGGGUGGCUGCGGCGGUGGCCUGGCGCGAUGGCAGCCUGAGCCAGCUCCCCUUCCAAGCCGUGGGUCAGAUCAUCUACCAGAGCGAGGGGUCGUGGCUUCGGCAGCUGUCGGCCGAUCGGCGGAGUGCCGCGGCCCGGGCAGCCAAUGCGGCCGCCGCCGCCGACCAGGGCGACGCCCGGCCCUUCAGUCGGAUCCUCAGUUUCUUCGACUAAGCAGUUCCGCCCUCGGCGCAUGCGUGUGUGCGCGCCCUGUCCUUGUAUACAUAUUCACCCAUGCGGUGGGCAUCCCGUG